AUGUCACAAAAUAAAGGGCCACCUGGUGUGGUGAAGAAAUGGGCGGAGAAUACAGAUUGGUGUGAUACGUCAUUAUGCGGGAAGGGUGACAAACAAAGAAAAGAGGAAGAGGAGAGGAGAGUUGUUGAUGGCCGGGUGGUUUGGAUGACGUCAGUGGGAAGAGGAGGGAAAUUAUGAAUAGGGUAGAAUAUUCGGGAAGACUUGUGGGUUAUCCAGAAUAUUCUAGAGACUUUUUUUUUUGAAAAAGUGCCAAAUGUUUGUUAUUGUACUUUAUAUAAAGGGUGAAAUGUUUUCCAAAAAAAGUUUUCAGACUUCAAAAUCUUAAAAAGUAUACAUAAUUACCCCUUGACUUUGUCAGCGAAAAAGUGGUUAAAGACAGGUGUUGAGAUAUUAUCGUAUAAUAUACUAUUUUUUCUGGAAGAGGAUUAGUUGUGACAUUCGGAUACAUAAAUAUCUCGAAAAUAAGUAUAUGUAAAAGAACAAAAAGGAAAAUAUCAAAUAAUUUUGGAGUUGCAGAGUACAUUUUUGCGAUAAUUUUCUGUGAAUGUCGAAUUAUAUAGUCAGCCAAGUGUGAAUUUCAAAUUAAUAUCAGCAAAAAACCAAAAAUCGUGAGAGAUUCGAGAAUUUUCUUGGGGGUAAAUUAAAUUCAAAGAAUUUUUUUCCAGCAAAAAUCAUUAGUUUUAAAAAUAGUACAGAUUAACUAGAUAAUGGAUUAUUUCCAGCCGUUCUAAAGGAUUAUGAAAAAAAAAAUGAAAUAAGUUUCAUUUUUUUUCGGCACCUAGAAAUAUUUAUUAAUACUAAUUGGUUUUUUUCAGGAGAAUGUCUCGAGAAAAAUACUCACGAAGUUGGAGAAAUUCAUGCGUCAUUCAAAUGUCGUUGCCAACAACCGUGUAAUCAAACUAUAUACACAAUUUCAUAUUCUGAAGCGAAUUGGCCAUCACAGGCUUUGAAUAUUACGCUGGGACAUUGUGAGAAAACUGCCGAAGAAUGUAAUGAAGAAUAUCAGUGAGUUUUGAAAUGUUUUAAAUGACAGACAAGGUGUCAGACAAGAAAAACAAUGACUUGAAGUCAAACUUGUCUGCUCAAAAUAGUUUAGAAUUUUAUAAUUUUUCAAUUAUGGGCUGUGUUGCUUUCUCAGAGAGGACUGUUCUGUAGAAAUGUUGAAUUCAAUCUUUUGGAACAGCGAUAUAUAUUUGUGAAAAUGAUUCAAAAAUCUAGAGAAGAAGCCUGUGACCCUGAACCUGAUAUUUUUGGUAUUUUCAGAGUCUUAUCAAUAUUCAUUUUUUCAAAUACAAACCAAUCUUGCCAGAACAAAAUUUCAAAAAAAAAGCAAUUUGUCAUUUCCAAAAAAACAUCUUGAUACAAAUGAACACAUCCAACCAAUUCAAAAAUCUUUUCAAUUUUCCUACUGUCAAUCUGUUCAUUUGAUGUUGAGUGACACCUAUUUUUUUGCCUUUGAAAAAUAAUGGGACAUAAGGAAAUUAACAUUUUUUUGUUUCUUCAGAGAAAACGCGGCCAUGUUGGAAGUAUUUUAUGAAGCACUCAAUUUUGAAGUUCUCACUGAAUCUGAAGCAUAUGGGGUAGGAAAACAAAUAAUAUUUUAUAAUCGGAAUACAAUCUACUGUUUUUUAGAUUGUCAAAAUGAUGGCCGAUUUUGGUGGACAUCUUGGUUUGUGGUCUGGAGUUUCAGUUAUGACAUGUUGUGAAUUUGUUUGUCUGGCAUUGGAAUUGUUAUAUAUGGCGGUGGCUCAUCAUAUAAAAAUUCAAAAAAUGAGAAUCAAAAGUAGCAAGGAGCAAGAUUAA